UCGGACCAUCACCAGUAACACACACGGCGGCAGGCAGCCAAAGGUUACACCGUGACCACGCGUGCAGCGGUGGAUUCAACGAUAACCCGUGCCUGUCUCUGUGUGGUUUUUUUAUUAUAGCUCGCAUGAUAUCGCGUAAACGAAUAGCAGGAGGAUCGCUUAGUGGGUCAGGUGUGCGAUUUGGACUCGGUAUCUGAUGUAGGCUGGGUUUUGAGUCUCACCCCUCCGCUCCACCGCUGGCCUUGUAUCAUUCGUUACUCGACGCCCGAGGCGCUGGUCGCGGGUAUGGACGCCCUGUGGAUGCUGUCGGUGCUGCUGGUUUUCUCGGUUCUGCUCUUGACCAGCAGCACGUUCGUCUUCUAUUUCAAAAAGUUUUUUUACGUGGCGUACAUGAUGGCUUUGGCCGUUAUAGCCAUACCGAUGUGCAUUCUAAAAUGCGGCGGGAGGGACAUUGAAAAUAUGAGGGUUAUCCGCUUCAUGGUUCGACAUGUGAAGUAUUUCCUGGGUCUGCGUUUUGAAGUCAGUGGUUGGCAGCAUCUACAGACGGAUGGGCCUUAUGUCAUCAUCUCCAACCACCAAUCAUCGCUUGACGUGCUAGGCAUGAUGGAGGUUCUGCCAGACCGCUGUACCACGAUUGCUAAGAAGGAGCUGAUGUGGGCGGGGACAGUGGGCAUGAUCUGUUGGCUGGGAGGAAUCGUCUUCAUUAACCGCAAAAAGACCAGCGACGCCAAGAACGUCAUGUGUGAUGCCGCUAACAAGGUCCUGGCUGACAAGAUCCGCUUGUGGGUGUUUCCUGAAGGCACACGCAAUCAAAAGGGUGACCUGUUGCCCUUUAAAAAGGGAGCGUUUCAUCUGGCGAUACAGGCACAGGUUCCUAUCAUACCCAUUGUGUUCUCCUCCUACAACAACUUCUACAAACGAAAAGAGAAAGAGUUUAAUUCAGGAACCAUCACUCUGAAGAUCCUACCGAAGAUUGAGACGAAAGGAUUGACGGCAGAUGAUGUGACAUCACUCACCGACCAAUCGUACGGCAUCAUGCGUUCAGCAUUUUUGGAGAUCUCCGGUAAAACCCCUCAGAGCAACGGGCCGUCCAGUCACUGAGCUCGAGCUCCUUCAUUCAGCCUGAAUACAAAGAAGGCUACGUCAUCAUGGUGGCGACGGUAACCAUGACAACCAGGCGCUUUGGUAUCUACGGCGUCCUCAUGAAGCAGGAAUACAUGUGCAUACACAGACAAAUUACAUACGUACACAUUCACGUGAAUACACAGCAGAUUUUAUCUUAGCCUAGAUUUGAUCUCCCAUCGGACAACAGGGGGCGCUGAGAUGUGGAAAGCGUUUUUUGGGCAAACCUGGCGUGACUCUGGCGUUUCGCGUGUCUCUGGUCGCUGUUGGGAUUGAUCUGCUAUCGUUGGCGACAGGUCGAGUUUGGAGUGACACCCUGAGAACAUCGUGGAUGUGUGUUUGAUCUGCAUGCUUUCUCUGUUUCUCUGUCCUUCUUUCACAGAUCAUCUACAGCGACCGACUCUGUUCGUUAUAUUCUUGCGUUUUGGGAAAUCGGUGACAAACGCCUGUUUUAUUUAGUUUGCCUUUAACAGCCCAGCUCAUAGGAGAUGGCCCUUUAGUGUUUCAAUUAAUUAAGUUGAUUUAAAGGUUAUUGACCAAAAUCUGAAUUCAAAACCUUAACCCGCUUCGUGCGUGGUCACUUAAACAAAGGAAAUCCCAGGUUGCUCGCUUUUGUCAAAUAUUACGUUUGUUCGUCCUCAAAAGUGUCGAAAGGUUAACAAGUGCAGCUUCUUCCUGUGCCAUGUGUCCAAAGUGUCUCAGCUAUCAUCGGCUGUGCAGUAUCUGACUGUUGUUUAAACACUAGUGAUUGUUUAAAUAGAAAUGCGUUCAAGUUGCUUUGUUUAUUCAGUAUAUGUCUGUUUUGUUUGCGUUAAAGCUACGACAUGUUUUUUUAUUCUUAAAUGCUUAUUUAACCACACCUAAAUUGUUCACAAGGGAACCAUUAUUAUAAUGAGUGAUCUACUAAGUAUUAUCUAACAUGUUAUCUAGAGUAGCGUUUAUUUUUUAAAACUUUCAAUCUAAAGAAUGCGCUGUAAAAAAUAUGCAAAAACAUUUUUGUUUCAACUACGAUAUUUUCACCUUAAAAAUCAACUUUUCUUUGUUGCAUACAAUGUUCGGAUCAAACAACUACUAAAAACGAAAUCGAACUGAAUAAGAUAUAAUGCAAAUUGCGAGCUCUUUAAAAUGUUUUGUCGUGGUGGUGUCACUUAUACCAUCUCCAAAAAUUACCCACAAUUCCAGAUAAAGUUGGGUUUUCUGCUUCUGUCUCUAGAUGGCAUGAGCCGGUCUUAUACCUGGUAGGGAUGCUUAACGAUUAAUCGCGAUUAAUCGUUAGCAGAAUAAAAGUUUUUGUUUACAUCACAUAUGUGUGUAAACUGUGUAUAACAAAUAUGUAUAUAUAUAAAUAUGAACACAUUCAUGUAUAAUUUUAAGAAAAACAAAUGUAUAUAUUAAAUAUUUAUAUUUAUAUAUAAUAUAAAUUAUACUUAAAUAUACAAAUGUAUAUACACAUGUAAACAUUUCUAAAACAUAUACAUGCAUGUGUGUACAUUUAUUUAUACAAAGUUAUUAUACACAGUUCACACACAUAUAUGAUGUAAACAAAAACUUUUAUUCUGCUAACGAUUAAUCGCGAUUAAUCGUUAAGCAUCCCUGUCUUAGAUCAGUACUGUACCGUACCGAAAUAUACUUGCGUUUAAUCUAAUAAACCCAUUUACUAAAGUUUCAGCUCUUAGAGAGCAUAACCGAAUGUAGGAAAUACUUUUAUAUAUUGUACCUACUGAUAAUUAGAUUAUUUAAAAAUAUUGAUGAUUUAAUGAUUAUUUAACACAUAUUUAUUAAGCCAAACUGUAUUAAAAACACAUGGUUAUGCAUUGAUCAAAAUUUAUAACCACAUUCACACAUUUAUAAUUGAGUUCCUAUGUGUAAUGUUUGAUGAUGUAAUUUGUAUUAUUUGAUAAGAAUAUAUAACAUCCAUAAUUCAAUAUGUACGACUUAAUAUUCGAGGGCUGAAUUGUACAUAUGCAGUAUGUAAUAAUUUGCUCCUCGAGCUAAAAACAUCACAACUAGAUUUGAAUAAUGUGUAUUGGGCUAUAGUUUUAUAAGCCUUUCUUUCUUAUUCUCAGUCUAACUUUUGCCCUGCUGAACACGCCAACUGUAUAAGAAGAAAUAUACCUAAAAAUUGUGUAUGAAAAAUGUAGUUGUUGUAUGAUUUCCACCAAAGCUAUUAAGGAUAAAGAACAAAUGAAGCUUUUAAAUGAUUUCUGAUUUUAAUUUCUGAUACUGUCGGACGUUUUACGGGCAGGCAGCGUUAUGUGCUAAACGUGUUUGGGUGCCGACCUGACGCACAGCUGUGAGCCCAUUGUAAAUCUGUAAAGUCAUGAGAUGAUAGUUAUAUAUCAGAUGUUGAUGUGCUAGAAUCUGGAUACGAUCCGUGUAAUGAACAUCUUGGAAAAAGUAAAUAAAAUCAUCUGUUUUUCCUAUAGAAA